AUGGCACUCAAUCAAUCCAGCGGAUCGGAAUCUAACAAGAAUUACCCUUCGGUUGAAAAUCAUCCUUCUAUUGGAAUUCCAAGGAAUUCUCCUGCCAGAAAUUCUCAUGAUGAGCUUCAUAUUAUGAAUUCGGUGAAUAAUAGUAAGGAGAAUUCUGUUCAUAAAACCAAGUCAAUUAUCUGGGGUGACGACUUUAUUUUUGGGUUUCAAGACCCAAAUGCUCCACGUGUUAAUUGUGGCGCAGUGCUCACUAAUAUGCCGUCAAGGCCAAACUCUGGAAUCUGGACUCCCAAUCCUGAGAAACGGGGACAGUUAUGA